GCUUAUAGAAGGAUGCCUUUUGGCUUGUGCAAUGCUCCAGCUACUUUCCAAAGGUGUAUGGUGAGUAUCUUUUCAGAAUAUGUUGAAAACAUAAUCGAAGUGUUCAUGGACGAUUUUAGUGUCUUUGGUGAUUCAUUUGACCUUUGCUUGGACAACUUGUCUUUAAUCCUUGAACGAUGUGUUGAAACAAACCUUGUGCUAAAUUGGGAGAAGUGCCAUUUUAUGGUAACUCAUGGCAUAGUUUUAGGUUUUUAUCGUAGGUUCAUCAAGGACUUUUCCAAGAUAGCAUCACCACUUUGUAACUUAUUGCAAAAGGAUGUGGUUUUUAACUUUGAUGAAAAGUGUAUGGAGGCAUUCAAUCGCUUGAAAGAGCUUUUGAUUUCAGCCCCUAUCAUUAAACCACCGGAUUGGAGCAAGCCUUUUGAGCUCAUGUGUGAUGCAAGUGACUACGCGGUUGGUGCGGUGCUUGGGCAGCGUGUGGGGAAGUUUCCUCAUGCCAUUUAUUAUGCUUCUAGAACGUUAAAUGAGGCCCAACAAAACUACACAACCACUGAAAAAGAGUUAUUGGCCAUUGUUUUUGCUUUAGAAAAGUUUCGCUCUUAUCUAAUUGGUACAAAAGUUGUUGUCUUUUCUGAUCAUGCAGCACUUAGAUACUUGCUUACAAAGAAAGAGGCGAAACCGAGGCUCAUACGAUGGAUUUUGCUCUUGCAAGAGUUUGAUCUUGAAAUCAAAGACAAGAAAGGAAUUGAGAACACCGUUGCGGAUCAUUUGAGCCGACUUGCUGUGGACAAGGAAGUUAUCCCAUUGCGUGAAAGCUUCCCGGAUGAGCAACUAUUCUCAAUUGCCCUUGGAGAACCAUGGUAUGCGGAUAUUGUUAAUUACUUAGUUUCUAAACAAAUCCCAAAGGACUUGUCUCGUGCUGAGAGGGACAAACUUAAAAGGUUAGUUUUUGAUGUAUGGGGUAUUGAUUUUAUGGGUCCUUUUGUCAACUCUCAUGGGAAUUUUUACAUCUUACUUGUUGUUGAUGUGUCGAAAUGGGUGGAAGCUAAGGCCACCCCAACUAAUGAUUCUAAAGUGGUUUCAGAUUUUGUGCAAGCAAAUAUUUUUGCAAGGUUUGGAAUUCCAAGGGACGUAAUUAGCGAUGGAGGUUCUCACUUCAAAAACAGGUUCUUGCAAAGCUUGUUAAGGAAGUACAAUGUGUCGCAUAAGAUUGCAACACCUUAUCAUCCACAAACGAAUGGACAAGACGAAGUUUCCAACCGAGAGGUGAAGAAGGAUUGGAGCAUGCGACUUAAUGAUGCUUUGUGGGCUUAUAGAACCGCAUACAAGACACCUAUUGGGAUGUCUCCUUUUAGGCUUGUGUAUGGUAAACCUUGUCACUUACCCAUGGAUGGGGAAAGAAAGCAAAGGAAGUUACAACUCCAAGAGCUAGAGCAGCUUCGCAAUGAUGCAUUUGAAAGCUCACGCAUUUACAAGGAGAAAACUAAGGCAUUUUAUGAUAAUACGAUUUCUAGAAAAAAGAUUGUGUUGGGGCAGAAAUCGAAAUUCGUAGUAUUGCUACAGGCAAGGAGUUUAAAGUUAAUGGGCACCGGUUGA